AUGUCAAAUCAGAACCCGGAGUCGACAAAUUCCCGAGAGGAGCGCCCGAAAUGGCAGGAGGAAGGUUUCAAUUCUCAUCAAGAAUGGCAAGACUGGCUAAAUGAGUCUGAAGCCACUGAUAAUGCAUACGACGCCCAGGCGGAGGCGCCGCCGCCUGAUGACAGGGAAGAGGAUGAGGGCUUCGACGAGGAGUUCGUUAGCGAGCAAGACUCAGAAGACGAAGACGAAGACGACGACGACGAAUCGGAAAGCGGUGAGCCUGGAAAACACGUCGAUUCCGAAGAUGACAGCAGCUCCGACGAACAUCUCGAGGCUGCAGACAACGGAGAGCCUGGAGUAGACGACACUUCAAAUGUCGACGAGACUGUGCUCACUUCUAUUUACGGCUUCGCGCACGACAAGAACAAAGAAUAUGCUCUCGUCGAGCACUCAGCUCGCGGAGCUCUCAACGCUAUCACCAUAGCUCUUCAAGACAUCAUAAACAGGAGCCAGGCCCGACAAGGUGACCCACAGAGUCUUGCGAAAGAGAUCAAGAGCGCCUUUGCCACGACUUUACCUACGUAUCUAAGCGUCCAGGCAGUGCUCCAAGGUGGACAACAAGUCAGUCUUUCUCAAGGAAUCAGCGGUUCCCAGGGAGACGAAGACGUCAACAGCGACAAUGAGGAGGAAGUUCAAGAGAUAACGACACCACAUCCCGACUAG